CCACAGCCACACCCGCUGUGGGAAGGGAAGAGCCAGAGAGGCCACACACACACAAGCACAACACAAAAGUGGCCAUGGCUCUCCUCCUCUCCUACCCCAGGCGCCACCCAUCCAUCCACCUCCUCAUCCUCUCCGCCUACGCCCUCUUCCUCCUCCCAAUCUUGGAUGGAUUGGAGCUGGGAGGAGAUGGGCUCUACAGGGAGAUCCUCAGGGAUGAGACGGUGCUCAGGCUCAAAGAACUUGGCAAGAUAUCUGAUGGGGAAGGUUACCUUGAGAGGACAUUUUUGAGUCCUGCCUCAAUCAGAGCCUCUGCUGUCAUUAUCAGCUGGAUGAAAGAUGCCGGACUUACCACGUGGAUUGAUCAAAUGGGGAAUAUUCAUGGUCGAUUUGAACCGACCAACUCAACCAAGGAGGCCUUGUUGAUCGGAUCUCACAUGGACACUGUUAUUGAUGCUGGCAUGUAUGACGGAGCUUUGGGUAUUAUCUCUGCAAUCUCUGCUUUGAAGGUUUUGAAAGUUACUGGGAGACUUCAGAGACUUACUAGACCAGUAGAGGUGAUUGCAUUCAGCGAUGAGGAGGGUGUUAGAUUCCAAACAACUUUUCUGGGAAGCGCCGCUGUAGCUGGUACACUACCUGAAUCAAUUUUACAAGUAUCUGACAAGAGUGGCACGACAGUUCAAGAUGUCCUAAAGCUGAAUUCUCUUGAGGGCACUGCUAAUGCUCUUGGUGAAGUAAGGUACAGCCCGGAGUCUGUCGGGAGUUAUGUCGAGGUUCACAUUGAACAAGGGCCUGUCCUGGAAGCCCUUCGUUAUCCGCUUGGUGUUGUAAAAGGAAUUGCAGGACAGACGCGAUUAAAGGUAAUUAUAAAUGGUUCACAAGGGCAUGCUGGCACGGUUCCAAUGAAAUUGCGCCGUGAUCCGAUGGUUGCAGCUGCAGAGCUCGUCCUGACACUGGAGACGCUCUGCAAAGAACCCAACAAGUUCCUCACCUACGACGAGGAAUGCGGCUGCUUCACUGAGGAAUCCCUCGCCGGACUCGUCUGCACCGUCGGCGAGCUCCUGACAUGGCCCAGCGCCAGCAACGUCAUACCAGGCCAGGUGAACUUCACGGUGGACAUACGCGCCAUGGACGACAAGGUGAGGGAGACGAUCGUCACCAGCUUCUCGAGGCUUGUUCUUCAGAGAUGCGACGACAGAUUGGUCGACUGCGCCGUCGAGCAGAAGCACGCGGCGGCGGCGACGCCGUGCGACGCGGAGCUGACGUCGCGGCUGGAGCGCGCGACGCGGUCGACGAUCUCGUCGAUGGCGGCGGGCGUGCGCCGGGCCGGCGGCGAGACGCCGGUGCUGAUGAGCGGAGCGGGGCACGACGCGAUGGCGAUGGCGAGGCUGACGAAGGUGGGGAUGCUGUUCGUGCGGUGCCGCGGCGGCGUGAGCCACUCGCCGGAGGAGUCCGUGAUGGACGACGACGUCUGGGCCGCCGGCCUCGCGCUGGUCAACUUCAUUGACCAGAACGCGGUGGAUGCGGCGGCGGCGACGGCGGCGGAAUCGUGACGACGACGGCGGCGAUUCUUUUGGUAGGUGUGUGCCUAGUAGCCUACAAAUUGUAAAUAUGGAUUUGCUUGUUACAUUUGUCAAGAAAUAAAAUUGAAUUCAAUUCGUUGAGACGUUCAGUACUGCU